UCCGCCCUGUGAUGACGUGGCAGGUGAGUGCCGGAAGCGCCCAAGCUGUCUAAAAUGGCUUACCAGACAUUCCAGCAGGAGUAUUUACAGAUUCCUAUUGUGACGAGGGCAUAUACUACAGCGUGCGUCCUCACCACAGCCGCCGUGCAAUUAGAGUUGAUCACACCCUUCCAGCUGUACUUCAAUCCUGAUUUGAUAUUGAAGAAUUAUCAGGUAUGGCGACUGAUUACCAAUUUUUUGUUCUUUGGGCCAGUUGGCUUCAAUUUCCUCUUCAACAUGAUCUUUUUGUACCGGUACUGCCGGAUGCUGGAAGAGGGGUCCUUCCGGGGUCGCACCGCUGACUUUGUCUUCAUGUUCCUGUUUGGCGGCCUCCUGAUGACUAUCUUCGGCACCUUUGUAAGCCUGGUGUUCCUGGGCCAGGCAUUUACCAUCAUGCUCGUCUACGUGUGGAGCCGCCGUAACCCCAAUGUGCGCAUGAACUUCUUUGGCCUCCUCAACUUCCAGGCCCCCUUCUUGCCCUGGGUGCUCAUGGGCUUCUCUUUGCUGCUGGGGAACUCCAUCAUUGUGGAUCUGCUGGGUAUCGCCGUGGGACAUGUCUAUUUCUUCUUGGAAGACGUGUUUCCCAACCAGCCUGGUGGUGGAAGGUGGCUAAGGACACCGACUAUCCUUAAGAUGCUGUUUGACAAUCCAGAGGAAGAUGCCAACUAUAACCCACUGCCAGAGGAGCGCCCUGGGGGCUUCGCCUGGGGGGAGGGUCAACGUUUAGGGGGCUAGGCUCCCCUUCCCCCAUCAGGGGAUCGGAUUUAAUUUGGACAAUAAUUCUGAGAGCUACCAGACUUCUUUAUUUUCUCACUCGUCUGUCUUGCUCAAGAUAAGAGUGUGAAACAUUUCUGUGAACCACCGCGAAAGCCACUUCCGCUUGUCUCCCAAGGCCUGGCCAGGCAGGCGCUCGCCCACCACCAGGCUGACCAGAAUGCACCCUGGGGCGAGCUGUCCUCCGCUACCUUCCGCUCCUCUGGCUGUUUUCUAAGACGUGGAUAACGUUUAUAAAAUAGCGAUCUGAGGAUGAUGAGCAGAAAGGAAUGACCUUCAAGUCCUCGGAGCCUUUUUCAAGUUUGCUUUUAUUUUUACAAAUAAAUAUAUGUAAAUGUGUAA